CUUGAAGUUUUUUUUUGACACCACUGAGCGUGAAAAAAGACAUUCAAUUGGGUUCAAAGUCAGUUAUUCCCUCUUUCUCUCACUUUCUCUCACUCAUUAUGCCUCGUUCCCGUUCACCAGAUCGACACAAAAGACAUAAAUCAAGUAAAAGACAUCGAUCACGCACGCCUGAAAGAAGUGAAAAAAAGAAGAGUCGUCGUAAUCGUUCUGAUUCAAGAGAUAGACAUCGCCUUAAACAUAAAAAAGAAAAGAAAUCGUCAAAAAGGCAUGAUUAUUCUGACUUGGAAGACAAUGAAGAAGAAGAAAAAAAGCGUGCUGCAGCCAGUGGAAGGCCUUCAUUGGAAUCACUUGGUUAUUCCAACGUAAGCAAUCCUUUUAAUGAUGUCAAUCUCGAAUCCAAGUUUGUCUGGGGUAAAAAGAAACAGCGUGAAAAGAAAGAACUUGGACUAUCUGAAGCAGAGCUUGAACGACGUGAGCGUGAAAGGAAACGAGAAGCUGAUGAAGAACUCGCCAAACUUAAUAAGCGAAGAGCAGAACGCGAGCGAGAAAUGGAAUUACGUGAAGAGGAAUAUGCACGUAUGCAGCGUGAUGCUGAACUAGCUCAGAUGGGUGAUUGGGAAACAAAAGAAGAAGAAUUUCACCUUGAACAGGCUAAACAAAGAGCAGCCAUUCGUAUUCGUGAUGGACGUGCCAAACCCAUUGAUAUUCUGGCGAUGAAUUUGAGAUUGGCCUAUGAACCGGAUAAAGUAGAAGAAGAUGUAGACCUCGAAAUUGAUUUAGACGAGCCUUAUACCAUAUUCGAUAAUCUCACCUUGGAUGAAACAGACGAACUUCAUAAAGACAUUCAGAUGCACUUGGCACUUGAAAAGAAUGUCAAAACAUUGGAGUUCUGGCGAGCCAUGAUUGUCGUUGCAGAAGAUUGUCUAACCAAGAUGCGUGAAAGCAAUGAGCGUAUUCAGUCUGGUGGUGUUGCACUCACAGUCAAUAAAGACAUACACCGUGUUUUGUCUGGCAAGACAGUCUCUCAAUUGUCUGUUCUUCAGACACAAAUAUUCAAGAAACUCAACUCAAAUGAGCCGAUUGAUGUCGAGUAUUGGGAGAACUUGCUUAAAGAAUUGGUGAUUUACAAAGCAAAAGCAAGGCUGGAUGAAAUGCAUCAAGAAAUCCUGGCUGCCCGUCUAGAACAAUUAAGAAACAAACAGAGAGAAGAAGCCCUUAAGGUACAAGAAGAACUGGAGCGUGUACUGUCAAUGCAACAACAACAAGUACAUGGUCAAGGUGUUAUGGCUGGAGAAGGCAUUCAAGUAGAGCCAGUGGAUCAAGAAUUAAUGGAGGCACAAGAUGCUUCAUUCAGUACAGGGCCCUCCUCUAAGGGCUUAUUACUAGAAGCCUAUCAACGUGGCAUGAGUCCAGAACCCAUGUUGUCCUUGAGUAAAGACGACCAAGAGUUAGAAGUGAUAGAUCCAGUGCAAGACCUGAAAGAAUUGAUGGAAAAGCGCCGUGUUGUCCUUAGCAGCAAAAUCAUUCCUAAGCAACAUAAACAAGAAGAACAGCCUGAACCUGUAGUAGAACAUCCCAAAGAUGAAAGUAUUGCUUCUUCUGUCUUGUUUGAACAAGAAGCAGCCAAGGGAGUGGAUGAAGAUGAAGAUCUAUUUAAUGUAGACGUUGAAUUAGCCCAACAAACCUAUAAUUGGCAAGACAAAUACCGUCCUCGUAAACCAAGGUACUUUAACCGUGUUCACACAGGCUAUGAAUGGAACAAAUACAAUCAAACACACUAUGACCUCGAUAAUCCACCACCCAAGGUGGUCCAAGGAUACAAAUUUAAUAUCUUUUAUCCUGACCUAAUUGAUCCUUCAGUAGCACCUACUUAUUUUAUUACCAAAGACCCAGAAUCACCCGAUACAGUCUUGAUUCGAUUUCAUGCUGGUCCACCUUAUGAAGACAUUGCUUUUCGUAUUGUGAAUCGUGAAUGGGAAUACUCGCAUAAAAAGGGAUUCCGUUGUAGUUUUGAUAGAGGUGUACUUAGUCUAUGGUUCCAUUUCAAACGUCAGUUCUAUAGAAAAUAAUAAUAAUAACAAUAAUAAUAAAAAAAAAGGCUGGGACUGUCCUCUUUUUGAACUUUUUUUUCUUCCU